UGCACGACGAGUGAAUGCUAUUGGGCAACGGCACGAUGCUGCGCCAUGCCCAGGCGGUUGCCCUGGCAGGGCUGAUCUGCUGCAGCUUGAUAUCAGACACGGGUGCCAAAGAUUAUAAUAAGGAGCCCGUCUUUCGAUCCCAGAGCGAGUGCCGCUUUUUGCAUAUCAUCAAUGACUUCAAGCCGCACGAUGCAAACACAACCUUGGAAUUUGACAUUGUCUUCCAGUCCAUGAAGACCGCACAGGCCCAGGCGCGGGCCGCAGGCAUCCAGGUGGACUUUGUGUUUGUCUUGCAGGAUGGCGAUGAGCUUUCAGUGCCGCGGUCCGACCUGCUUGAUGCAGUUUACGUGACAGAGGCCUUUCUGGAUCCCGCGUCCCAACGUAGCCUCCCCACACCUGGCGGUAUUCUAGAUGCCGGAUUGGCCCACCACGACCACCCGGCCGUGGUGUUCACCAACCGCGACAUUGGCCUCUAUCCGCAAUUCUAUGUCCAGUCGUGUGAGUUUCUCCAGGUACCCGGUCAACUGGUUGUCGAGACCACGCGCGUGCUACUCAACAUGGACGAGGUCGUUGAGGACUACAAUCGGACAUUGUAUGCCAAGGGCCGUGUGCAUCGCGGCGCCGACUGCUGGGUGAUGGCGCGUGAGGUACUGCCAGAUUGCUACCGUGAGGAUCGGCGUCUGGUGGUCGGUUUUCCUCCCUGGGGCUCCUUGCUUCGCCACAUUCUGUAUGACCACGCUGUUGCGCUGCGCUGUGGCCAAAUUGGCGGCUAUCGGAUAUCGCGCAGUUCGCCGCACACCCCCAGCCGACGCCGCACCUUUCACCUCGAGAGAGCAGAGGGCACGGCUCCUUGGAAAAAGAUGAUGCGAUACAACGGCUAUCUCUAUGCCUACUUACAAAUGCUGCCACGCCGUGUGAUGCUGCGGGCGCCCAAACUGGCUUUCAUUGAGAGUGAGGACAACAUUGAUUGCUCACAACGGGGCGAGCCAAUGGUCUGGCCCUGGUGCGAGAAAUGCCAUCGGCCUUGCGACGGCUUUUGGAUGAAUUGCCCGACCGCAGACUGUCAAGUGAAUGGGCCUCGCUGCCGCUUUGACGAACAGCCAGCCCUGGCCACCUGCCCCAAUGGCUUCAACAAAGAGCACCUCACGGGGCCGCGAGACCAAAUUCGGGCCGUGCCCCCAAUAUCCCUAUCAGACCAUCUCAACACGGGCAUCACCGCCUAA